GAUAACCUUAGCCGUAAUACCUACAUGAGUAUCGAUAUAGAAAUUCAGAGUGUAUAUAAAAUCGACUUUCUCAUCACUAUUAUAAAACAUUACGCCGGUUGUGCUCUGAAAUUUAAGUUUUUGCUGAUAUUAGCUUCAAAUAAUAAACUUGAAAGUGAUACUUGUUUUGUUUGCAGUUUGUGAAGGAAUUAACUGUGCAAAAUGAUUAGCGAUGUUCAACUGGCUAUAUUUUCCAAUGUUUUGGGUGUUUUCCUAUUCCUUUUAGUGGUGGCUUACCACUAUAUCUCAGCCAACUCUAACAAAAGCAUAGCGAAGACAAAAUAAAAAUAUGGUUAUAUAUAUUUCAUUAUAUUUAUUAAAAAAAAUGGACCUUGAAAUAAAUAAAUAAAUUUUGAAUUAUUA